UGUACAGCCUGUACUGCUAUGUUUCUGUGGUCUCACUGCUCUGGAGCUUUUUCUUUGCCUUCGAUCUCCUCUGAGUCCUCUCCAAGGUGUUUAUCAUUAUCAAGUCCAGGUGGAUUCAACUUUACUCCAAACGAAAUUCUGAUGUAUUGAAGGCGGUGAUGUAAUUUGAUCAGUUGUGCAAUAUUCACCAUCCAGGUUCUAUCGUUCUAUUAUUGUAUUACAAUUUUUAGUUUAAGGCAAUGUUUCAUAAAAAACAAGCAUCUGGUGGUUCUAAAAAAAAACGAAAGAAACUAGAAGAAGAAACAAUAAUAAAACCUCAAAGAGGUUCUAUUCAAAAACUUUGGAAUAAGAAAAGAAACAUUUCUUCUGGAAACCAAAGUGAAAAUGUAGUGAAUCAAAGAGCACAAGAUAUUGAAGAAACCACAAAUGUGCCUGAAACUGAAAAUCUGGUAAAUGAAGAAACGACAAAUGUGCCUGAAAAUGAAAAUGAAAUAAAUGAAGAAACGACAAAUGUGCCUGAAAAUGAAAAUGAAAUAAAUGAAGAAACACCAAAUGUGCUUGAAAAUGACACUGUUGAAAAUAAUGAAGAAGCUAAUCAUGUGUCUGAACAUUCAAAUGCUUCAUUAUCUGUGAAUAUAUAUGAUCCUAGAGUGUGGGAUAGUCUAGAUGAAAAAAUGAGAGACUUGCUUGUAGAAAAAGGUCAUGUUAGAGAAGCCAAUAUUAAUUUUCCAAAGGAUAAGCACAAUAGGGGGUUCUCCACAUACUAUUAUGAUCGAAAAUUAAGAAAUGGACAACUCUCUGAUAGAAAAUGGCUGGUUUACUCAAAAGAAUUAAAUAAAGUGUUUUGCUUUUGUUGUAAAGUGGUAAGACAAGCCCGUUCUAAAAGUCAUUUAGCAGAUGUUGGGGUUGAUGAUUGGGGACACCUAGGUGAAAAACUUAAGCAACAUGAAGAGACUGCUGAACAUUAUGCCAACCUUAGAGCCUGGGCUGAACUUCGAGUAAGAUUGAGAACAAAUCAAACUAUUGAUAAAGAAUUGCAAGAGCAAAUAAAAAAAGAUACUGAACAUUGGCAGCAAGUUAUGAUCAGGAUAAUUGCUGUUGUUAAAUGUCUUGCAAUGCAUAAUUUGGCAUUUCGUGGAACAAAUGAAAAAAUCUAUGAAGAUUCAAAUGGAAAUUUCUUGGGCUUUCUUGAAUCAAUAGCUGAGUUUGAUCCAAUAAUGAAGCAUCAUUUUCGACUCAUUCAAGAUAAAGAAAUUCAUUAUCAUUAUCUCAGUCAUAAAAUACAAAAUGAAAUGAUAGCUAUGUUGGCAUCAUGUGUUAGGAGUGCAAUAAUAAAAAAAAUUAAAGCAGCUAAAUAUUUUUCUGUGAUUCUUGAUUGCACUCCUGAUGCUAGCCACAAAGAGCAAAUGACUUUGAUAAUUAGAUGUGUUGAUGUUGAAAGUCGCCCGAUAAAAAUAGAAGAAUAUUUUCUGCAGUUUUUAAAUGUGGAAAACACAUCUGGCUUGGGUCUUUUUGGUGAAUUACAAGCUGCUCUUAACUCUCUCGAUUUGAAUAUUGAUGAUGUGAGGGGACAAGGGUAUGAUAAUGGUUCUAAUAUGAGAGGGAAACAUCAAGGUGUUCAGAAAAGAUUACUUGACAUAAAUCCUAGAGCUUUUUAUAUGCCUUGUGGUUGUCAUUCUCUAAAUUUGGUUCUUUCUGAUAUGGCAAACUCUUGUUUAAAAGGAAAAUCUUUUUUGGGGCAUGCCAAGCCAUAUAUAAUGUGUUUGCUAAUUCAACAAAGCGAUGGGACAUUUUGCUUGAAUAUGUGGAUGACUUAA